ACACGUGCGCGGAGGACGCGCCUGUGACUGGGGAGGAGGCGGCGGCGGGAGGGGGCGCUGGAGCGGGAGAGGGGGCACCCACUUCCUCCUGCUCGCCGGCUCCCUGGCCUGGGACGGUCCCGGCGCCCUCGCACCCGCCCCCGGCACGGCCACCCUCCCUCUCCUCUCCCCAACCCCCCCCCCACGGGCGCCCGCCCUCGCCCGGCGCCGCCGGUCCGUUCGGCCCUCCGGGCCCCCUCUCCAGCCGGCCCCCCCACCUCCCCCCGGAGCCAGGCGGGUUUCGGAAAUGCCCUUACAGCAGCAGGCAAAGCGCAGGCUGGAGCUAGGAGAAAGCGGUCAGCAGUACCUCUCAGAUGGUUUAAAAACCCCCAAGGGCAAAGGCAGAGCUGCGCUCCGAAGUCCAGAUAGUCCAAAAACUCCAAAAUCUCCCUCAGAAAAAACACGGUAUGAUACGUCACUUGGUCUGCUCACCAAGAAGUUCAUUCAGCUACUGAGCCAGUCACCGGAUGGGGUCUUGGAUUUGAACAAGGCGGCAGAGGUGCUGAAGGUGCAAAAGAGAAGGAUUUAUGACAUCACCAAUGUCCUGGAAGGCAUCCACCUCAUUAAGAAGAAGUCUAAGAACAACGUGCAGUGGAUGGGCUGCAGUCUGUCUGAGGACGGGGGCAUGCUGGCCCAGUGUCAAGGCCUGUCAAAAGAAGUGACCGAGCUCAGUCAGGAAGAGAAGAAAUUAGAUGAACUGAUCCAAAGCUGCACCCUGGACCUCAAACUGUUAACCGAGGAUUCAGAGAAUCAAAGGUUAGCUUAUGUUACAUAUCAAGAUAUUCGAAAAAUUAGUGGCCUUAAAGACCAAACUGUUAUAGUUGUGAAAGCCCCUCCAGAAACAAGACUUGAAGUGCCUGACCCAAUAGAGAGCCUGCAAAUACAUUUGGCAAGUACCCAAGGACCCAUUGAGGUUUAUUUGUGUCCAGAAGAGACUGAAACACACAGUCCGAUGAAAACAAACAACCAAGACCACAAUGGGAAUAUCCCUAAACCCACUUCCAAAGACUUGGCUUCAACCAACUCAGGACAUAGUGAUUGCUCGAUCUCUAUGGCAAACCUUUCUCCUCUGGCCUCCCCAGCCAACCUUUUACAGCAGACUGAGGACCAAAUUCCUUCCAACCUAGAAGGACCAUUUGUGAACUUACUGCCUCCCCUGCUCCAAGAAGACUAUCUGCUAAGCCUUGGGGAGGAAGAAGGCAUCAGUGAUCUCUUUGACGCUUAUGAUUUGGAAAAGCUCCCGCUGGUGGAAGACUUUAUGUGUAGUUGAUUAUGCUUUGUGUGAACUCCCCUUAUAAACCAAUAUUUUUUUAUUAUGGAACCAGAACAUCUGUCAUGCAGUGUUGUCCCUUCCUACCUUCUUCCUCCAAGAUAGUAUCAUGAAGUAAACGACGAACUUCAGAACAAAGCUGACAUUUUAAUGAAUUAAAAAAAAAAAUUGUCUAAACGCACAGUCGCAGGCUCCCUUGGGAAAGCCCUGCUUUGCCCCAGGCUCCAAAAUCUCCUGGAUGAGUCGGCAAGUGAGAAAAUGUGCAAUCAGGUGUCUCUCACCCGUCCUUUUCCUCCCUCCCUCCCCGACUGGCUUGCUGUGCCUGACGGAUGGGCUGUAGAAUGGGGUCUGGCCACCCGGCCCACUCGAAAACAGCAAUCUUCCUUAAUAGCAUUUCAAGCCGUGCCUUCUCCACAGAAUGCAUGUCUUUGGGGUCUGCUAAUAUGGAAUGGAACUGCAGGAACUGUAAACUUGAAGUCAUGCAAAAGUAUGAAAUGGAUUUCUUCAGCUCUUCUUAGGAAUAUUUAAAUUACUGUCAUAAUUCAGUUUAAGCUAUGGACCGUGUGUCCCACUAGGAGGUCAAGAGAUCCUCCACAGCCUUUCGGAUGAAGAAACUUUUCAAAUAUUUGUUGCAGAUACAGAAGAAUAGUCAAGUUCUGCCCCUCUAAGCUGUUGUGGAUUUUCCUGUCUCCAUAAACCACUCCCACUCCCCUGCCCACAACGUAUUUGUAAGUUUAAAGUUGAUUUGUAGCAAAUGCCUACUUAGGAGUUCUUUGUGGAUUGUUUUAGAUUUUUCUUUUUAAGCUGCCAUUUAAGCAUUCCUGUGGCACCCAUCACCAUUUCAAUUGAAUUGUUUACUUUGAAGCGGUUUUUGCUAAUUCAAAUUAUUUAAGCAGAGGUAGAGAACCUCUACUGAUCAGAGCAUCUAAAUGUGUGUGAUCUAAGGUUUAACAGCCUCUGCAAGAAGCUUUGCCCCAUCUUGCUUCCUUUCCCAGGAGGGGGCGCUGGAGCGAGUGGCGCUCGCUGAUAGGGGUGGCCCCUUUGGAAAGAGAACCAGGUCAGAGGACACAGCAGCCCCAAGGAGCAGCAGGCGUGCAUCCCUCCGUCCUUGGGCUCCCCGGGCCCCUGCCACCGGGGAAAGGGCUCUCUUAUACUGCACUCAGGGAGACCACUUCUCAGGAUGGGGUCAGAUGGAGAGGCCUCUGGGGAGAGAGACAUCCCCCGUUGUGUGAGUAGCAUUCUAUCAGUGGCAUUUACUUCAGCUGGUGAGAACAGGGCAUCUCCCACUUAACUCUGCAAGAAUGGUGUCCCAAGUUGGAGGCUUCGUGUCAGCUGCAAAUCCUACCAGUUCUGUCCAAGAAUGGCUUUCCCAUUGGCCAGGGGAGAGAUGGCCAUCUCCCCCUGGGAAUGCAGCAGAGUACCUCAAAUCCAUUCUUUGGAUGCUAAACACUGUGGGAAUGAGGGAGUCAUCUAAAAAAAAAACAAACCUCAAAACAAAGAACAGUGAAAUUGAAAUGCUAUGUGCCGGACAUGGUGGUGGGCACAUAGUAGGCACUCGAUUCAUAUGUUUAAUUACAUGGAAAAUAGAUCCCUUAGGAAAAACACAAAACAAAAAACCACGAAAGCCCCAGCCAGUUUACUCUAGGUAGAUUUCCACAAUAUGCAAAGUGGUGGUGGGGUCAAAACAGAUGACACCAGCACUUUAAACUCUUUGUGUAGGUAUGCGUGGGUGUAUGUUUGAGAAGAAAAACAAAGGUGCAGAUUAUCCUCCUUCUUCUUCGGCCUCCAGCCCCACCCUCCUCCCCUCACACACACUGGACUUGGUCCUAGAUGAAGCAUUGGGGUGGGGGAGGGAGGGGGAGCUUUGUGUCAAGUGCCUACUGGAAACGCACUGUGGGGUUUUUUCCUGUAUGGGAAACCAUUUAUGCCAAGCUUUUCCCCAUGUCCCGUAUUUAUCUCAUCUGGUUAGCUGCCUCUGCUUCCAGCUUUGUGUAAUUCUCUUUGCCAGCUGCACAAAGCUGAUUUUUUUCCAAAGUCUAAAGACUGAGCUCACCUAGCUAGGUGGUUGUGUGUUUGGUUGAGUUUCUCGUUAAACUUUUUUCGUAACGUGAUGCCAUAUUUAUUGUUUAAAAAUGAAAGGAAUCCUAAUAAGUCUUAAAAGUUCCUUCACGCAUAAGGUUUUCCCAGUUAAUGGGCUUAACUGGUGUACAUUAAUCAAACGUCCAUACUGUGUUCUGUUUGCAUUAGUCCUUUUCUUUUUGACAUAGUAUCCGGCACACAAAGUGGGUUAGUACUACAGUAUUUGUGUUACUUUAAGUACUGAGUAUGCAGGUUUCCUGGUACCAUUGAGUUGCUGCUAUUAAAGCUCACACAUGAAAUGGCUAAAAGUUACAAGUGUGCGAAUUAUGACUGAGUGAGCCUUAGAAAGUAAACUGUAUAAAGAGCAACACGAGCUGUCAAACAGUGUUAGGUGUGUGUUUAUAUGUACAGAUUUGUGUGUAGCAAUCAUUUUAUUUAAGUUGAUACGCAGUCUACUUGUAUUUUCAUUAUCUAGCAAUUUUGUACAAAAAUAGCAAUUAAUUUGUAAACACUGCCAGAAUAUUUUCUAGCUGGUUUGUAAUUUUUUAAGAGUGUUAUCUUGUUUUUGUUGUUGCUGUUGUUGUUGUGGUGGUUCUUGUGUUCAUUUUUGUUGUCAGUGUAGAUCUGUAAAUACAAUUGCAGUAUUUAACGCUUUAGCUUUCAGGAAAAAGAAAGAACUCAGUGUGUGCAUGACAACUUGUGUGUACAAGAGGAGGGAUUUGAAGGAAGAUGCCUUGCAGAGUGAGUCGGGUGGCAACUGUCAGAUUGUGGAAAUUUCUUUUCCUAUGGGGUACGUGAUUUUGUCAAAAGGAAGUAUUUCUCCCAAAGUUGGGAGUAGGCAAACUACUAAUCAGUUUAGCUUUGUGUUGUACGCUAGUUUAAAAAAGAAAAUAUGUAAUAUAAUGUAAAAAAAAAAAAAGCUUUUAUGAUGGAUUUUGUAAAUAGAUUUGUUACAGGGUAACCUGUUCUCUAGCUGUGAUCUUACCACUUCAAAUGGGUGUAAUUUGAAUAAAUUUUGUAUGGUAAAGGAUCAAUAAAAUGAUUUUUUUUUUAAGA